CGGUGGCAUGAGCCAGUGAGCUGCCUCCAUCUGUCUUCAACAACUCGAACUAGGUCGCAUACUCGACAGCUAGAGCUGGCCGAUCGCAUCUCUCACCACGAUUCCAUCAGCAGCGGACCGAAGCCAGCUCACAUUCGCCGCCAAGAUGCCGUCUCUACUGGUCGUCAUCUUUGUCAUCGAGCUAUUCGUCCAGCUUGUCAACACCAUCGGCGCGGCGACGAUCAACAAUCUUUUGUGGCGCAUCGCCCUAUCUCUCCCGCUUCCCCUUUCGGCCCAGUUCGCUGCCCAGCGCAAGAAGCAGAAGGAGUAUCUUGCAAUCCGCCGCGAGCUCAACGCCACCAGCAGUCAGGAUGAGUUCGCCAAGUGGGCGCGCCUUCGCCGCCAGCAUGACAAGCUGCUAGAGGACUUGGAGAAGAGGAAGAAAGAACUCGACGCAGCCAAGACCAAGUUCGAUCGCACUCUCACGACUGUGCGCGUGGUAGCUACAAGGGGUUUGCAGUGGUUUUUGCCUUUCUGGUACUCGCGCGAGCCCAUGUUCUGGCUGCCCUACGGCUGGUUCCCCUACUACGUCGAAUGGUUCGCCUCGUUCCCUCGCGCGCCGCUGGGCAGUGUCAGCAUCGUGGUGUGGCAGUGGGCGUGCACGGGUGUGAUCAAGCUUGUCAUUGAGACGGUCAUGGCGGUUGUUGGCUUGAUUGUCGCUGCCAGACAGAAGCAGCAAGAGAAGCAGAAGGCGAAGCAGGCGGUGCCUGCGGCGGGAGGUGGUGACAGCAAGGCCGAGGAAGCCAAGUGAUGAUGAGGAUGGACUUUGAACAUACAGCAAUAGAAGCGGUUUAUGUCAGCAUAUGGGAGGAAGAUUGUAUACACGACUAUUAAUGUAUUAUAGCCGCUGACUGGUGAGAAAGCCAGCAAGGCCUGAUGAUGCGAUGGCUUUUACGAAAUGGAAUGUCUCUCAUC